AUGUCGAACCUCAACUCGUGGGAAGACGACCCUUCGGCCCAGGACGAUAACCUGUCGCGCCAGGCCCAGCAACAGCUCAACCUCAACCAGCAGCAGAACCCCCAGGCCGGCGCCUUCCGUCCUGGAGCGUCCUCCUUCACCCCUGGAGUUCAGGCAUUCCAGCCCGGUCAGCAAUACGGCGGUUACGCUCCCCAAUACCAGCAGUACUACAACCAGGGCUACGGCGGUGCCGCUGGUGCUGCUGGUGCCGGUGGCUUCCCCCAGUAUGGUGGUCAGGGCCAACAAGCCUUCAACCAAUAUGGACAGGGCAACUAUGGUGGCUACGGCCAGCAGGGCUAUCAGCAAGCCUACGGCCAGGGCUACCCCCAGUACGGCCAACAGCAGCAACAACAACAACAAAACCAGCCUAAGCCCGCCCCUACCAUCGCCAAGCGCCCGGCUGAUGCCACGGCAUCCGGCUCCGAUGUGCCCGCGUCUCAGUCUCAGCCUACAGUAAAGAAGGAGGGCGGUGCCAAGGUCUUGAGUAUCGGUGGCGAUGCCCCCAAGCCCAAAGCCAAGGUCCUUUCCAUCGGUGGCACUGUUCCGCCUAAGAAAGAAGAGAAGAAAGAGGAGCCUACAAAGGCGGCCGCUGGCGCUGAGGCUGGAGCCAAGGCUACGGCGACCAAGGCGAUCGAGAAGACGGGAGCUUCCACCACUAAGUCUGGCAAGACCUCCCCCUCUCCCUCAUCCGGCCGCUCGAGUCCCUCUGAGGGUGACAAGAAGGCCGCCGUGAGAGACGUCGAUGCCGUCCAGAAGGAGCAGACUGCCGACGUUGAUGAGGCGACCCUCAAGGAGAUCUACGGAAAGGAGCACGUCAACAUUAUUUUUAUCGGCCACGUCGACGCAGGAAAAUCCACCCUGGGCGGUUCCAUCCUCUACAACACGGGAAUGGUUGACGAGCGGACAAUGGAAAAGUACAAAAAGGAAGCCAGGGAACUCGGUAACCCGUCUUGGUACCUCUCCUGGGUCAUGGACUUGAACAAGGAGGAAAGAUCCCAGGGUAAGACGAUCGAGGUCGGCAGAGGCUACUUUGAGACCGAGGUGCGACGAUACAGUAUUCUCGACGCACCGGGCCAUAAGACCUACGUGCCCAACAUGAUUGGUGGUGCCUCGCAGGCUGACGUUGGUAUCUUGGUCAUUUCCGCCCGUAGGGGUGAGUACGAGACCGGGUUCGAGCGUGGUGGCCAGACCAGAGAGCACGCCAUGCUUGCUAAGACUCAGGGUGUCAACAAGCUGAUUGUUGCCAUCAACAAGAUGGACGACGCCACCGUCGAGUGGUCGCACGAGCGAUACCAGGAGUGCACGUCCAAGCUGUCCCAAUUCCUCAAGGGCACCGGCUACAACCUGAAGACAGACGUAUUUUUCAUCCCCGUCGCCGCCCAGCAGUCGAUCAACAUCAAGGAGAGGAUUCCCAAGGGGACGGCCGACUGGUACGAUGGCCCCUCAUUGCUUGAGUACCUCGACGGUAUGAAGGCUCUGGAGCGCAAGGUCAACGCGCCUUUCAUGAUGGCCGUCUCAGGCAAGUACCGCGACAUGGGCACCAUGAUUGAGGGCAAGAUCGAGGCGGGUGUAAUCAAGAAGGGCAUGUCCCUCGUCAUGAUGCCCAACAAGCAGAGCGUGGAUGCCUCGGCCAUUUACGGCGAGACUGAAGAGGAGGUGCAGGUUGCGCAGUGCGGCGACCAGGUUCGCAUCCGUCUCAGAGGCAUUGAGGAGGAAGAUAUUAUGCCAGGAUUCGUCUUGUGCUCGCCCAAGCGCUUGGUGCACAACGUGCAGACUUUUGAGGCGCAGAUCCGCAUCCUGGAGCUGAAGAGCAUUUUGUCGGCAGGGUUCAACUGCGUGCUGCACGUCCACGCCGCCAUCGAAGAAGUGACUUUCGCCGCUUUGCUACACAAGCUGCAAAAGGGCACCAACCGCAAGAGCAAGCUGCCGCCUUCGCACGCAAAGAAGGGCGACAGCAUUAUCGCUCGUCUGCAAGUCAUUGGUGGUGCCGGCUCGGUGUGCAUUGAGAAGUUCGAGGACUACCCGCAAAUGGGUCGCUUCACCCUCAGAGACCAGGGACAAACCAUUGCCAUUGGCAAGAUCACGAAGCUGAUCACUGAUGAAACGUCUUAA